GAGAUAAGAGAUUCAUGGAUUCGCAGCUAUAGCAGGUAGGUGGCCAUAGAGAUUGGCUCUAGGCCCCAUCGUUAAUCAAAACUUUUGAAUAAUGGGGAACUGGUGCAGCAAAGAAGCUGUUCCGAUCGAGGUGACCCAUAAAGAGUUUGUGGUCAACCGACGCGAGACCAGACGAGAAGCUGGGGCUUCCACGCCAAAUACACCUAAGAUUGACCCGGAUCCAGAAGGUGCAUCUCACCCACCCACAGACAAAAAUGAGGAAGAAUCAUCCAUCCAACCAGUUGGAGAAAUGGUCACGGAUGACAGGGGAUCACUUUGUAGUGAUGGGCUUCUUGAGCCAUCAAACUUGCCAUCAUCAAAUGAUACAACUCUAACCAAGGUUGACCCUGAAUCAAAUCAGGAUAGCCCACCUGGAAAGUCAGAAAUGAGGACAUCCAUACAGAGCUUAUCCUCUUCAGCCAGUGGGGAUAAUGGUGCUUCGUCUGUAAAGCCUGAGACAGAACGUUCAGAGGAGAAGCUCAAUCACAUUAUGGCUUUGGUGAAAAUUCGUCAAGAUAACCGUUCAGAUGAUUCGCAAUCUGAUGAUGACAAAUUGCCCCCUCCAAUCAUGAAGAAGGAAGAUAUUGGGACGAGCCCUCAGGAGGCUGCUUCUCAAAGUAAUUCGACCAACUCUGAUGAAGGGGAAGUGGAUACUUCUUCAAAGCUGGAACUGAUUAGGAAGACAAUCUUGCCAAUCCUCAAUGAGUCGAGUGAGAUGGCCAGUGGUGCAAAAAAAAUCCAGUCUCCUGAGGCAAAGUAUUCAAAUGAUCCAAUGGACCGUAUAGGUAAAAAAUCCACGGAGCCAAUACAUCCUUCUAUGGCCGAACUGGAUUUGAAUUACGAGGAAUUGGUCCAAACUGUUCAGGUGCAAAACUUCAAGAAUAUGAAGAGAACCUUUCUUCUGAAUCCUGAUGAGUUUUUGACCCAAAAUCUGGCCCUUUCCGUACAGUUUUUCCGCGAUCAUGAAAAGGACACUGAAACUCUUUACGCACGGAAAAAGAAGGCAGAAGCUGAGCUGAGAGAGAGACUUUCAGAGACUAAACAACAUGCAAUCAUUUCAAAUCAACUCUUUCAAGUGAUUUUGGACUAUGUGGGUUAUGAGACCAAAGUGUACGCAACCCCCAUCCUUGAACCUAUUCAACCGGUCGAGCAUUACCUCGUAAAUGAAUGCAUCGAGGUCAACCGGAGUGAGGCUGCCGCUAACGGUUCCCUUGACUACUCUCAUGUGGAUGGUCCCUACUAUCGCACCGUUUUGGAGACCACGAAACACAAAGGAUACGUCAAGUUACAAUGUGUCGACGAUUACGAGAAGUUGAUAACACGAACAAAUCCAGCGUCUGUCGUUGGGACGCCUCCCGUCACACCCAAGCCUCCAAACAAAUCUACUGUCUCUCCAAAAGUUGUGAUUGAACCUCCGCCACGUCCUCAAGAAGCACGAAUUUUUAGCCCCACACGUGGCCAUGGGCGUUUCCAUUUCGCCCAGUCCAAAAUUGUUACCAGUAUUGCGGAACAGGAUGAAGAGAAAGAAGAAAGUGACGGAGAAGCUCCUAGUUGUGGAGAAGAUCUUCUCCGAAGUUUGCAAAAACAAAUGGCAUCCAAUUCAAAUUUGUCUGCUUGGAAUCAUGGAAGCAAGCUUCAAAAGUUGAAAAACGAACCAUACCCAGCAACGACAGGACCACCGUCACCACUCCUUACAAUAACAAAACCGCCAUCACCACCGCUCUCUUCACCUGAGCCUACCCCGGUGGCUCCGAUUUAUGAAAGCAUCCAAGAGAACAAUUUAUACGGCUACGGCACAAUCAAUCCCGAAAAGCUCGACACAGACAAUGCUAACAUGGCUUUCAAUCAGACUGCUUUAGACAGGAAAUGCUUCAAAAAAAUCGCAGGUACUUCUGAUGAGGAUAUCAACGACGACACAGUUGUGUUCUCUGAUGACCCUAUCGGAAGAGAGAAGAUAUUCUUGCACUCGAGACAUUUCGUCAAGGAUUUCAAAAGGAAAGGAGCCACCUUGGCAAAUCAAGUUGAUAUUUCGAAAUCGGAUUGGUAUUGGGAUCACAAUUUGCGAUUCAUCCAACGUCAAGGCCGCACUGACGACUCUGAGCUCGACUUGGGGAAAGAGAACGUUUCCUUAUUCGUUCCAACCGCGGAGGCUGGUUUCUGCCCUUCUGAGUUUGAUAAAUGGCUAACAAGGCAAAGAUGCAAAAUAAGGGACCAUCGGACAGGAGCUCUUUAUCAGUGGCCUCAACCGCACCAUCUUGAACAAGCCAAAACAAUUGGGUGCAAUUUAAUUCCAAUAGGGUACGAGAAUCCAAAGAAGAAUCUUCAAAAAGGAGCAAAAGAGAGCGCAGAAAUGCGACUGACAUGGCAGGUCUCUUUCACCAGAAUGGAAAACCUCAUCAUGAAGAAUUGGUCUCAGCCCAAGAUGAGGUGUUAUAUCUUUCUGAUGCUGUUUCAAAAAACCUUAUUCCAAAACAGAACCGGCCAAUCUUGGUUGAAAAGAGACCACUUUAGGCACAUCAUGUUUGCAAUCAUGGAAAAAAAUCCAGGGGGAAAGUGGAUUGAAGAGGACCUAGGAAAAACUUUGCGAGAUUUGUUUAAGUCUUUGAACACUGCAUUGUAUUACGGGAAACUCUUGAAUUAUUUUAUGCCUGAACAAAACAUGCUCGACACUGUGCCUCCACAUAGCCUUCUCAAGGCCAAGGAAGUUUUGAUUCGGCUGGAAGAGUGUUUUUCAUCCUAUUUCAUGUGGUGCAUUUAUCACCUUAAAGCCGAGAAGAAUUUCUAUCCCAUGCCUGAUGUAAGGAGGCUUUACGACAUCUUGGUGGGAAAACAGGCGAAGCCUCCGCUUCUCGUAAACAGGUGGACGAAAAUGGAUGAGGUGAAAAAGAAGGAUGUCACCCAACAGCGAAUGCUCCAGAAAUUGGGACAACUCAAAGAGAAACGAAAUAAAGAAGAGGAAAGUAAGAUCCAACAACAGGACCCAUUGGAUCCAACAAGACUAGAUUAUCCAUUACAAACCAUCGAAAAAUUUGACGAAGAUAAGAGAACUCUCAUCUUGGAUUUCUUCAUCGAUCAUUUCAUCCAAAUGGCCGAGAAAUCCAAUAUCAAUCGAUGCUACGGCCAAGGAUUGAUGUACGCUAUGCAUUGUGAGAAUCUUGCUAAACUGCCUGGCUACUCGGGCAACCUGCAUUUUACCAGUAAGAUUGAGCAAUUGAGACAAGUCACUCGCGGAAAUGGCAGAGAUUAUUGGGACAUGAAUUGGGACCCUGAAGACGGAUCAAGAGUAAGUUCCAGGUUCAGAAAAGCUAGCCAAAGGAAUGAUAGCUACCGAAAAAUGCCACUACCGUCCCCACCGAAGAAUGAAGAGGUCCAACGACUGUAGAUUCAUGAAUGAAAAAAUGCUUGUAUAGAAACAAAUCUACGGUGCAUCUUUUUAAUGCAGAUUUUGACACAUGAAUAGAAGAAACCCAGGAACGAAACUAUUGAACUUCUUCUUAUCACAGAAAGGAAACGGAGUUGGGUUUACAUGCCACCAUAUUGCACACCGUUCAAUAGCUACUAAAUGAGCCCAAAGUAGACUAUUCCAGUGUCUUCAAAAUCGAGGGGGUUAUUGUUCUCGAUGCGUGUGGAUUUGGCGUUCCUCUACUUGUUCACACAAACGUAUAUAAUUAUCAUAUCUUUUAUUGUUGAUCCUAGUACUUUAAUUAGCUUACCAGAAUAUGGAAUGUGCAAAAUACGACAAUAAAAAUAGUUUACAGAUUGACAAUAACUGGACUUUGAUGAUGAAUGAAAACUUGACACAUGCCCAUUUUGUGAUGAACGAACGUGCUGAAAUAAACCUUUGACAUCGACAA